GAAAUAAAUAUCAGUCACCUCAAGCGCUGAUUUAAAUUGUGCAGAAUAUUCGGUCACUGAAUGAACUAAACUACAUUGCGAGUUGCCACAUCAACGCUUUAAAACUGAAAAGUUGGCAAACACAGAACUGGCAAUGAUUUUUCAUAAGUCAGAAGUUGAUAAAGGAUUCGGAAAUAGCCACUUAGAAAACGUUCAGCAUCCGCAACAAAGCAGAACGGUUCGGCGACAUUGUCUAUAAACAUAAAGUAAAUAUGAUGAAUAGGUCGCUUGAUGGACGCAGACAAGUAAACUUUUAUCGUAGCUCUAAGAGAAAUGAAUUAAAAUGCUACGCACAAACGUGAUUUGUAAAAUAUAAGAAGUAAAUAAGAAUAUGUCGUCCAUAGAGAAAAAAUCAACAAUGCAGGAAACAGUUUAUGACGACGAUCGCUUUAAGCAGAGUGGUGACAAGUUGUUCGGAGAAUUACUUAAGAAAUUCGAUGAAAAAGUGGACGAGUUUGUGAGUAUUCAGGCAUCCAAUAAUACCGAACUGAUGAAAAAGAUAGAGCGAGUCGAAAAGAAUGUAAAAAGUGCGGUGAUGAGUGUGAAUACGAAGGUGAAGCAGAUUCAAGAACACAUGGACAAAAUAAGUGUAAAGGAAAACAAUUCAGCGUUUGUACGAGAAACAGCACUAAGCAAUGAUAACAGGCAGCUGACCGAACAGUCCACGAAAGUUCAACACGUUGUAGACCCCGGCCGUGAUCAAGCAAAAAUCAUCGUAGCUGGAGGAAUGAAAGGAAAACUCGAAAGGAAAGCUUUACGAUCAGUGGAAUGUUUUGAUUGGCGAACAAAGACCUGGUCGAAGUUGGGCGAAAUGAAUGUAUGUCGCAACUCUUUAUCGUCAGCCGUACACAAUAAUCACAUCUUUGUUCUUGGAGGCUUAAACGGUACAGCUAAAUUUUCUAUGGAAAAAUUACACGUCAGCACACUUCGCGAAAAAUUACAUGAGGCUUGGCAAAAGGUUGACACCAUCUUACCAUCUCCGCUGCGAACUCAACAAUGCGCAGUUUACGGAGGAAGCUUGCUGCUCAACGAUGGUGACGAUGAAAGCUUUAUAACAGAAAUGGCCUUGUCACCACCUUACGCGAGACGCACUUUAACGGUUAUGCCCGAGAGGAGAUUACGUCAUGGCCUAGCAAUCUUUGAUGACGCAAUUGUAAUAGUGGGAGGAAGAGGUAAGCAAACGGAAUCAGCUCUCAGUAAGGUAACAAAAUAUGAUUUAAAAAAGAAAGCGUUCGAGGAUUUAAAACCUCUUACGUAUGCAGUGUAUGAAAUGGGUAUGGUGAAAUGGGGUGAAGACAAUCUUAUUAUUGCCGGUGGUGGGGACAGCAAAGGGAAGCCAUUGAGUAAAGUUCUUUUGUAUAAUAUACGAACUCAGAAAAGCUAUGCUCUGCCUGACAUGAUCUACAAGCGAAGGGGAUGUGUAGCAGUCGUGGUCGAAGACACGUUGGUUGUCAUGGGAGGUGGCGAUGAAGAGCGUAAUGCCUUCAAAUCAGUCGAAUGUUUUACAUUUGAUAGCUUCUCGUGGUCAGAGAUGCCUAACAUGUCAGAAGGGAGAGUAUGGCCAACAGCAGUUAAAAUAUUGUCGGUUUGAACGAUAAAACUUCAUACAACCUUGAAGGUGUCAUGAAGCCAAUUUUUCUUUCUUUAAAAUCGGAAGACGAUUAUCUUUUUAGUUAAGAAAAUAAAUAGUGUCAUUUUA